AUGUCAGCGUUAGACAAAUUCAAGAGGCGCCUGGUGCGCGAUAUCGCGCGUCGUAUAUAUCAAGAGAAGCAGUCUGAAGAUGAAAUGUGGCAACAGCUGAAACAGGAGUAUGGCUGCGAUUGUCAUCUAUUAUGGGAACAUAUGAGGGCAUUGACUUUGAAGAAGUUAAAACGACUGCUGGCUGCCGAGGAUCGCGUCGGAUACAUCACGGGGAUAGCUCGUAUGACCUCUACCGACUGGCUCACGUUCGAUCUGGUGCUCGUACAUGAGAAGGUCGACGUCAUUGGAGAGGACAUGACAUUAGGUGGGAAACCGGAGCCGGAAAUUUUCAUAAAACUAUUGAAUUUGGUAGAAAAAUACGGUAUCGAGGUCCUAGCGCCAAAGUUUCUAGUCGAUGCGUGGUUCAAUUUAACAAUUGAGUACAACACUGGUGGUCGACAAUGUUCCCCUAUGCUACUUCAACGUCGUUGGUACCAGCUGAAGGAGUCGACGAGGUCGAAGUUCUACAACUUCUGGCAAAACUACCGUGGGAACCCUAAACUGUUACAGAAAGCCAACGAAAACAAGCCCACCAAGGUGCAGAUGAUGAUAGCGGAACGGUUUCAACACGUGGUAACGCAGCCAUUUCAGCAUUGGGAGAGUCUGAUCCAGAUGAAGCGAGUAGUACAGGCUGGCGCAUUUGAGAGCAGAAGAAGAAUAAAGGAGUCUGCAGACAGUAACAAUGAAAAUGAUCCAGAUCUCAUAGUUGUAGAGCCUACGGUAGAAACAAUAGAGGUUGCUGCAGAUUCUGACAACGAAGAUACACCGGGAAUAAGUGAUAAAUCAAGUACGAAUGAUGAUAUUUCAAAAGGUAACCAAUUGCAGCACGAAGAAGAUUUAGGUGUCACAAUAAAAACUGAACCCACUGAUGAUGUAACAGAAGUGGAGGAGCAAUAUGCUAUAAAUGAAUUAGAAAACAUACAAAUUCCAGUGGAAACUACUAAUCAUGUAUUAGAAGAUGUAAAAGUUAUUCAAGAUAGUUCCGAGACAGUGGCUGUUGACGCUUUUAGAGAACCAUCCGAACUUACUUUACCAAAAAUUACGAGUGUAAUGGGUAAUGUUGAAAUUCCCAUAGAAUUUCAUACAGAAAUCAAUGAGACCGAGGACGAAAACAUUCAAGGAAAUGUCGAUAGAAAUCUUCCCGAUGAUGCAAUGUAUUUGGAAAUAGACAAAAACAACUCACAUGAUUCAAUAAACAUGAUUGAAGAAAAGAAUAAUGAAGUAUCUGAAAAUCAAAGUGAAGAUACUCAAAUAUCUUUUAAAACAGAUGUUGUUAGUACAAACAGCUCUUUAAAAGAAAACGUGACUGAUUUAGAUGAAAGUAAUAAAAUGUUAGAAGAACAAAGCGAAGAUAUUAAAUCAUUUUUGAAAAAAGAAGUUGUGACAAAUUUUGAUGAGUUACCGAUAGAUUUAGAAUUCGUAGACGACGGAAUUGAGCUUGUGGACAACGACGUUGAAUACAUUGGGGAAGAUAGACCAGUGAAUAUAGAAGGGGGUGAUAUUAAAAUAGAAAUUAAACAAGAACUGAUCGAUGAGUGUGUAGAAGAGAACGAUGUCUCAUUUAAAAUUGAUCAAAAACUUAUUAUGUUUCCCAUUACAUUUACAAAAAAAUUAGAUGAUAUGAAUAUAUUUAAAAAUACUAGCUACUUUCAAGUGAAAGGUGAUGAUAUAAUACAACGCAUUCUUAAUGAAAGUAAACCUACAUUAAAAGUACCUGUCAAAGAGGAACAAAUAAGUGAAAAUGAAAGCGAUAGUGCUUCUGAAACAAGUGACGUACAUAGGGUGAAAUACACAAGUUGGCUCUUGAAAAAGCCAAAAUUUCGUAGUUAUAAUCCAAUACAGCUAUGCAAGAACCCUGAUUUUAAUACACGUUUAAAAAGGUUAACAGUAGGAUUCUUCUCAAUUGAACGAAAUAGACAACUUUUUAGUGCUUGCAAACCAGUAACAAUAGAUCUCCACAAAGCUUUCGAAACGAAACUUGUCAAUAACACGUUGCAUCUAGAAGGCUCUGAGACACCAAUCAUUAAACAAGAGAAAAGUGACGUUUGUGAAAAUACAGCGUCAGUAAUUCCAUCUGCAAUUCCUGUCCAGAGCUUACUUGAUAAUAGUAAAGUACGUGUUGAAGAAUUAUUACCAGCAAAAGAAGAAAUUGAUGUGUCCACCACACCCGUAAACAAUUAUUGUGUAAUUGAACGAAGUAGAUCUAUAAAUCUUCCGGAUAUAGAAGAAAUACGUCGCGUCAAUCAAAAAUUAUUAACAGCAGAAGUUAGUCCAAUUCCUUUAAAAAAUAAUCUUGCAUAUAAUAAACCACCAGUACAGUUAGUCAAACCAGCAGAUGAAGAUAAACCAAACAGUCAUUCACUUUCGACGCCCAACACCAAUCAUGAAAUUCCGUCAAAUGUGAAUGAUGAAGAAAAAAAGAAACGAUUUAUGAAGCGGCCAUUGCCGAUACCAAAAAUACGACCAUCACGUACAGUACCAUCAUGGAGUGUACGUGUCCCUCAAGAAAGAAUUGAUGAUGAUGUUUUGCUUACGGAAGAUACUCUCAAUAAAGUACUUUGCUUGCUUAAUGGUAAUGACGAACCAUCGCCAAAAUCAAAACAUAAAAAAGGAGAUGACACACUGUUGAAAGAGCAAGAAGCUAAUCAAGUAAAGUCAAAUGAAUUAAAUCAAGAAAACAAACAAUCAGUAAGUAAUGAAAAAAAUGUAAAUGUACCUAGGGAUCCGAUAGAUGAAAUGGAAUUGAGACCAAGUGUAGCAUUCCGUCAACAUUCAAAUGACUCUAAAAAGAAAAGGUCUAGGAAAAAUAUCGCAAAACCAAAUCGUACGAUAGCAACACAAAGUGGAUAUUGCUGUUGGGCUCAAUAUAAAAUACAAAAUUUUACACAAUAUGGAAGAAGAUUGAGACAUUUAUGUCCCAAACCAAUUUGCAAUUGCUGCUGUCGUAAUCUUCUAUUAAAUAAAAUGUUGUAUCCUGAAAAAUCAUCAAAUACAAACGUAGAAGAUAGUCGUACUGAAAAACAAGGCCAGUUAUCCGACAAUUCAUUACACAAAAAUUUUGGUAUAAAUAAACAUAUCAGCGAUUAUGAAAAUAAUAUUAAUAUUAACGCUGAAGUUCACACUGCUCCUACCACACAAGUAGUUACAAUUGAUAGUAUAACACCUGGGGCAAGUUCUGAUUCUUCAAUUCAAUUCCCCUUAUCAAAUAUUACACCUGUUUCACUUGAUGGUUCGCAAAGUGAAAUAGAGACCAAUGAAACUUUGUCAGCUUUAGUUUCUUUAAAGGAGUCAUCCUUUGGUGAAGACUGUAGUUCGUUUGAAAAAGACAUUAUUAAACCUGUUCAAAUAGAGGAGAAUGUAAUACAACAAAGUAAAUGUAUAGAAGAUGUAGAUGGAGAAACAAACCCAAAAAAUGAAAUGCUUUCAAAGACACCAAAGCGUUUAAUGAAAACAAGAAUAGUAAGUACUGUUAAAUAUUCACCUCAGUACGAAACAAAAGAAGCAGUCGGAAAGCAAUCUAAAACACAGAACCUCUUUCCUGAUUCUGAUUCAAUAAAUCAGGUUGAUCAGGGAAUCAGAAUCGAGGACUGUUCAAGUAUUGAAACAAUAACAUUAGAUGAUGAUGAAAUUACGGAUAUCGCAGUAAUGGCGACUAAUAUGGAUUCUAAUAACAUGCUUUUACCAAAAGGCGUUAAUUUAAUACUCUUACCAGACAAUACGUUAAGCGUCUCCGUUGAUGCUGGAGUGCAAAUAGAUGAAGGUAGUUUAGCAAACUUACCAGAAAUUCUUACAGCUGUUCAGAAGCAUCUCACCGAGACGGGAAUCAUGCAAGUAUUCCCUCAGGAUGCUGUACUAAAUGUUGAUGACUCCUGUGAAAUAAACAAGACAACUUCAAUGUUAGCAACAAGUGAAACUCAAAUUAAACUAGCUGAAGACAACUCUCAGAAUAUAUCGAACUCAAAUUAUGAACAUAGUUCUUCUGUUCCUGAAAAUAGUAAUUUAGAAACAAAUAAUCUGAAAACACCUGAUGAUGUGGAAUUAAAUAGUCAAUCGGUGCUUAAUAUCCAGUCUAAUAUUACAAAACAGAUAACAGGCAAUAAUACGGAAACUAAAGAUGAAACAAUAGAUACUAUACAAGAAAACACCUGUGGUGUAAGUAUGCCAGAUACUAACCGAAAAACCAUAUUGUCUGAUUUGAUGACAUUGUCAGGAAUUUCACCAGAAGAUGCCUUUACUCCUAUUGAGGAAUCACCUCAAUAUUCAGUACCAAAACUAGUGCCUGUUUCGAUUCCUUCUUCGUCUAACACGGUUAUCGACAAUAUAAACAAAGAUGACCAAUCUAAACUCAAAAAGCCAAUAAAAAGAAUAAAGAUAUCUAUAAGAAAAAUAGAGCGCAUAAACUUGCCUAAAGACAAAGAACCGGUCAUUGAUUUGACUAAUGACUGUGAUAACUCUGUUGAAGUGACAGAAAAAAGUGAGAACGACUCAGAAAACCAAUCCGUGCAACCACUUAUUAAGAAAUAUGUGGUAGAUGUCAAACACCGAAAACCAAAUGUAAGCAAUGACGCUCAACCAUUAAAACUGUUUAAAACUGUUCGACCGCGUAUAUUAAAAAAGGGUUUUCCGCAAUUGUUACAACUCAAUAAUUUAGAUAAAAAAGUAAAAAAUGCUCUAGCCAAAUUCUAUCUUCCACCAAGGGGAAAUCCACCUUACAUUAAAAUAUUACCAAAAAGUGCGAUUGUAAAAGAUUCGACUGAUACGUUGUCAGAAGAAAAUUUGAAAAAUUUCGAUGAAGUUAGAAAUUCUCGAGAUAGUAAAGAUAAACAAAUAUAUGAGAUUGAUUCCGAUUCUUCGGAUGAUGAGCCGCUAGCAAAAAAAGUAAAGCGCAUCAAAGAGCAGCCCUCGAAAAAUAGCGAUGAAUCUACUAUCCAAAUAAAUAAUAUAACGCCUGUAGAAAAAUAUAACGUCCCUGUUGAGUUUAUUGACGAGCCGCCACAAAUAACUGAUAAAACGGUAUCUGAGAGUGACGGUGAAGAAAAUUGCAUUUUAGGUAUGUAA